UUGCUCCGUCAUUUUCACCGUCAGGCAUCAGUUGCAUCGAAACUUCUGGAAUUUCCGAGGUCUUUCACCAGCCUUUUUGUCCCCACCUUUGCACCCUCUCUGUCUCUCUCCGUCAAUUAUAUAUCCAUCGCGCGCUGCACCGUACUGGCUUCCACAAAAUCUACUUGCGUAACGGAUAGUGCUAGAUAGCGACUUUGCUUCCGAGAUCAAUGGAUGGAGGAGGCGGGUACAGAGGAAGAGGCAGAGAUGGAAGUGAAAGAGGAGAUUCGGUGGAGAGAGGAGGACCAAGAGGUAAUUAUAGUGCAAGAGCCAGAGAUGGAGGCGGUGGAGGUGGAUGGAGAGGAAUAGGUGGUGGUAGUCAUCAACAGAGGCCGUGGAGGACUGGGGCCCAGGGGUGGGAAGAAAAACAACGACAGCAGCAAGGCGAUAGCAUUGUUGAAUCUGGUCAUUGGAGGUCUCAGGUGGUGGGAACUACUUCGGUGGGCGGUUCAGGAGAGGGCUCAAACAGUGUUGGGGGUGGUAGCAGAGGAGCUUGGAGGCGAGGUGGUGAUAAUAGAGUGGGAGAAUUAUCGUGGAGGAGUGAUAGUACCGACAUUGAGCCCUCACGGCCUGAACAGCAGCGAGUUGUUAACAAUGUUGAAUCCGGUCAGUGGAGGGCUCCGGCUGUGGGAUCCGCGUUAGUGGGCGGUUCCGGCGAGGGUUCGAGCAGCUUGUGCGGUGGUGGUAGAGAAGCGUGGAGGCGUGGUGGUGAUAAUAGAGGGGGAGAAGUAUCGUGGAGGAGUGAUCAUAAUGCUGAGCCCUCACCUGAACAGCAGCGAGGUAAUGCCAAUGUUGAAUCGGUCCAUUGGAGGGCUCCGGCGGUGGGCGGUUCAGGCGAGAACUCGAGCAGAGUUGGCGGUGGUAGUAGAGGAGCGUGGAGGCGUGGUGGUGAUAAUAGAGGCGGAGGAGAAGCGUGGAGGAGUGAUAGUAAUGUUGAACCCUCACCUGAAGAGCAGCGGGGUGAACCCAAUGUUGAAUCGGGCCGUUGGAGGGCUCCGGUGGUGGGACCCACGCAUGUGGGCAGUUCAGGAGAGGGUUCGAGUAGCGCUGGCGGUGGUAGUAGAGGAACGUGGAGGUGUGGCGGUGAUAAUAGAGGGGGAGGAGAAGCGUGGAGGAGUGGGACAGGGAAGAGUCCGUGGAUUGCUGCACCACCUGUACAGCGUCAGCCCCAGAGAUUUCCACCUGAACGCGUAGCUGAUCCCAUUCUUCCAGAACUGCAAUCUCUGAAAAUGUCAGAGAAGGUGACAACUUUUCAAUCUGAAUCUCUAGAAGAUUCAAACAGAAAUUUUCCUGUGAAACGACCUGAUGAAGGUGGCACACUAGCUACCCAAACUACUAGGCUUUGUGUCAAUCACUUUCCUGUCAAGUUCAGUCCAGACACUGUUAUAAUGCACUAUGAUCUCAAUAUCAAACCAGAGGUGCCACUCAAGAAUGGUCGGCCUCUGAAAGUAUCAAAACCAAACCUGUUGAUGAUCCGGAAUAAAUUAUCUUCUGAUGAUCCUGUACGAUUUCCCUUGUCAUUGACUGCAUAUGAUGGCGAGAAGAACAUUUUCAGUGCCGUAUCGUUGCCCACUGGAAAAUUUUAUGUGCAACUCCCCGAGGGAGAAGACACAAAGGGUGGUUCAUAUGUAGUUACCAUCAAGCUUGUGAAUGAGCUCAAGCUUUGUAAGUUGAGAGAUUACUUGUGUGGUUAUCUCUUGUCAAUCCCCCGUGAUAUAUUGCAAGGAUUGGAUCUUGUAAUGAAAGAGAAUCCAGCUAGAAAAAUGAUCGCAGUUGGCCGAAGUUUUUUCCCAAGAGUACCCAGGGAAGGAGAUGAUCUUAGAUGCGGCAUCCUGGCAUCUAGAGGGUUUCAACACAGCUUAAGGCCCACCUCCCAAGGUCUAGCCAUGUGUCUUGAUUACUCAGUUUUGGCAUUUCGGAAGCGAAUGCCUGUUAUAGAUUUUCUCCGGGAGAAUAUUGUCGGUUUUGUUAUGCAUGAUUUUGGAAGGUUUAGGAGAGAAGUAGAUAGGGCACUGAAGGGGCUGAAAGUUAAUGUGACUCACAGAAAAACCAAACAAAAGUUCAUCAUCAGGGGCUUAACAUUCAACAAUACAAGUAGGAUUCUAUUUGAUGUAGAAGACCCAGAGGGCAAGAUUUCAACAAGGAGAAUCAGGAUUGUUGACUACUUUAGGGACAAAUAUGACAAGGAAAUUUUGUAUAAGGAUAUUCCCUGCUUGGAUUUAGGAAAAGGAAAUAAGAAAAACGAUGUGCCGAUGGAGUUUUGUGUCUUAGUUGAGGGGCAAAGGUAUCCAAAGGAGCAUUUGAAUAGACAUGCGGCCAUAAUGUUGAAGGACAUGUCAUUAGCAAAACCAAAGGUUAGGAAGGAUGAGAUAUGCAGCAUGGUGUGCUCUAAAGACGGACCUUUUGGGUAUGUAAAUACGAAGCUCCUACUUUUUAUUUUGUGGAGGUAUGGUUCAAAAUUUUGGACUGAAAGUAGAUUCGAACAUGACAGAAGUUACAGGACGCAUUAUUGAGCCACCUGAGUUGAAGCUAGGUGCUUCAGAUGGCAAAACAAUUAAGGUAACAGUUGAAAAAGUGAAAUGCCAGUGGAACCUUGUUGGCAAAUCAGUUGUGGAAGGAAAAAGAAUUGAUAGGUGGGGUGUUAUUGACUUCAGCUCUUCUGAGAG